AUGCAUCUGAAUGUCGUGUGUCAAUGGGCCCACCGCAAUAAAUUACUACUUAUAUUUGCCUUGCUGUCAUUCUGCUUUUGUAUUUCGACAAUAUCACUUAUUGCCAAAAACAAAAGACUCACUAAAGCCUGCAGUGCACAGCAAGCAAUGAACUUAAAUGAAAUUGCACCUGUUACUCAAGAGAAAAUAACACCAAGUUCUCGUAAAGUCCAAAAUAGUCAUUACAUACUUCCACGAAACGUUAAGCCCUUGAAUUACAAAUUAAUUUUGGCACCAAAUAUUUUCAAUAAAACGUUUGUUGGAGAUGUGAAAAUUCUCCUGCAGGUUUUAAAGCCGACGAAAUCGAUAACCAUGCACGCAAAGAAUUUAAUCAUCCAUUCAGUGACUUUAAAAGACGCUGAAAAUCACACUCUUGAUAUAAUAUCAAUUACUUCUUCAGGUGAUUUAAAUAGUGAAAUGUUACAAAUAAAUUUACAACGUACUUUAAAGCAAAUGGACGCUGUACUCUUAAUUCACUUCUCUGGAAGGCUAGAUAAAAAAAUUAUUGGAUUCUACGCCAGCUCCUAA